CCAAUCGCGUAAGACCACGACGCAAUGGCGGCGUGGCUGGAUAGUUUUGUGUUAUCGGGUGGUUAGGUCAUUACGUUUCUCGUCGCGAUCUCGGAUUAAUUUUCUUGUUUAGAGCGCCGCUUCGUUGCACUUGGUGAAUUGAUUUCUCUCUCAGACAUGCACGGUUUCCUGAUAGUGGUACUGUUGGAUUUAACCUUUGACUUGGUCGGAAGUGUUUCUCAAUUAGAGAUUGACAAGCAUCUAGACUACGGCAGGGAAUUCCUGGCGAAGGGCCAGUUGCAGGACGCACUAUCGCAUUAUCAUGCAGCUGUUGAGGGAGAUCCGACCAAUUACCUGACAUAUUACAAGAGAGGCACAGUUUAUUUAGCAUUAGGUAAAGCCAAAUUCGCUCUUCUUGACCUUGAUAAGGUUUUAGAAUUGAAGGCUGACUUUACACCAGCGAGAUUACAGCGUGGCAAUAUUUUACUCAAGCAAGCUUAUUUUGAUGAGGCUGAAACAGACUUUCAAGAUGUUCUAUCUGUAGAGCCAAAUAAUAGGGAUGCCUUUAAUGCCUUAAAUAGGUUAUACUCAGCUAGGGAUGAUGUAAAACUAGUUGAUGCGAUGAUAUAUAAUGGUGAUCAUGCAACAGCUGUACAGCUAAUUACUCGAAUCCUCGAAGUAUGUCCAUGGUCUUCUAAUCUUAGAGAACAAAGAGCAGAGAGCUAUAAUCUUCUCGGAGAUUAUAUGAGUGCUAUAUCUGAUAUACGUUCGACCACAAAAUUGCUGUCUGAUAAUACCGAAGGAUUUUUUAAACUCUCAAUAUGGUUGUAUCGUCUCGGACAAGUUGAUGAGGCAUUAAAGGAGAUUCGAGAGUGUUUAAAACUUGAUCCAGACCAUAAGGAAUGUUUCCCAUUUUAUAAGAAAAUAAGAAAGAUUUAUAAGUUGCUAGAAGAUGCAAGGACAGCACUAGAGGAUACAAAAGAUUAUGAUGCAUGCAUCAAUUCAGCUGAACGUGUAUUAAAGCAAGAGUUGAAUGAGAACGUACAGUUUACAGUUUAUCAUUAUCUCUGUAAGUGUUAUACGGGGAUCUCUGAUGCAACUCAUGCAAUCAAUAAUUGCCAAAAGGCAUUACAAAUCAGAAGAGAACCUGAUGUGAUUUGUGAUAGUGCGGAAGCAUAUCUCGCAGGGGAAAUGUUCGACGAUGCCAUCAGAGAAUAUAAAGAUGCCUUAGAAAUAGAACCGAAUAUGCAGAGAGCCAAGCAAGGAUUGCAAAAAGCGCAACAACGUCAGAAACUGUCGGAAACCCGAGAUUAUUAUAAAAUUUUAGGCGUAUCGAGAAACGCCAGCAAGCGAGAUAUCAUUAAAGCGUACCGGAAGCAAGCACAGAAGUGGCAUCCUGAUAAUUUCCAGGAAGGCGAAGAGAAGAAGCGUGCGCAAAAGAAAUUCAUCGACAUUGCCGCUGCCAAAGAGGUUCUUACGGAUGAAGAAAAGAGAGCGAAAUUUGAUCAGGGCGAGGAUCCUCUGGAUCCGGAGUCGGGUCGGCACCAGCAGGGUUUCAAUCCCUUCCAGGAGUUCCAUCACUUCCACGGUUCUCCCUUCCAAUUUAAAUUCCACUUCAAUUAAACACGUCGUAAGAUCUCGACAUAAUAGAGCAAUUACUAUUCUCGAAUUUUAAUGCUCGUCGAUUUGAACGCGACGGUAUCUUUAUUUCAUCCUAGCCCGAAUUUCAUUUCGCUAUGUCGUCGAUGGAGAUCGCGCGUGUCUGACCUGUCAGAAGAAUUCGGGAGAUUGUAAAUGAUUAAAUCGAUGGGUCGUUAAGCACAGACCAAUGGCCAUCUAGCGAUACCGGGUAACGCACAUAUCCCGGCACGCGUUUAAUAAAGAGAUGCAAAAAUAAACUUUAAUCGCCCGCUAGUUUGUUUAUUGCAAAAAUUAUAAUACAGUACUCGCUCUAUCUAGUACAUGCAUACAGACUGAACGAUAAGUAUAAUAUAUUUCAAUUCACGUAAACAUCCGUCGCGCAUAAUUUUAUCAUCGCACUAUCGAUCUAUAUACUAUGCUAUUGAUAAAAUUGUGAUUGUUCCAAGUCUUGCAGUACAAACAGAUGGUAUGUACAGUGAUCAUCACACUGCCACUGAUUAUUUCAGCGGCUAUUUAUUUUUAGCUUUGGAACGUGCGACAAUUAGAUCGAAUUCGAAAGAUAUUACGCAUUUAUCGAGUACGAAUAUAUUCGAUCGGUAUUUAUAUUGUUAUUACUUUCUCACGUAUGGUAUUCGUACUCGGUAAUGUUCACAUAAUGUUUAGGUGUGCGUUUGCAUGAAUGUGAGUCAAAACUUUAUGUAAAUACUGUAUUUCUGAGAUAUUUGUUUAAAAAUAUAUUUGAAUAAUUUAUAUAC